GGGCAGAAGCGAACCUAGCAGCUAGGGAACAGGCUGCUGCAGCAAGCAGAGCAGUAGCAAUGUCUAGCGCAGCGGCAUCCUCUGCUGCAUCGUCCGCAGUAUCCUCGUCAGGGACCCAUUUGGUAUGCCCACAAGGUCCACGGGUACUUCCAGUUCAGUAGGUUCUCGACAAUCUAAAUGUCAAAUGGCGGGCUUGCAGUUCAGCCCGUUGACCCCACGCGAAAGGGAGCUUCGAGAGCUCGAACAGGUCGAAAGGAUCCGUGAACAAUUAGAGAGGGAACUGAAGCAAGCAACCGAUAGAGAGAACGAGAUCAAAUGGAGAGCAGCCAGGCUUGAUACGUUAGAGGCAGACAAGGCUGCACUAGAGGGUUUGGAUGAGACAACAAUGUCUGACCAAAUGAAAGUUUUCAAGAAUAGCAUGCUGUCACUGCAAGAGCAUGUGGACAGCAGACUAGACUUCAUGCAGAACUCUCUUGACCAGAUCUUGGACCUUUUGCAAGGGCAUGUAUUUAGGCCAGCAGCACAGUCGUCGUUGCCGUUAACGGCGAUGUCAGACCCAUUUCCGGUACAAGCUGGCACGCAGCCAAGUGGUACGUCUGCAGCAGUCUCACAGACUGUUGCUACUUCUUCUUCAGGUCCAGCGGUGGGAGCUACACCACGGCAACAACCUGUUCCCCCACAGGGACAGCCGCAAGGUCUUUGGUACCCUAAGACCCCUAUGAAACCGCCUCUUGCCUUUUCGGGCGAGAAGAAGGACGAAGAGCUCAACACUUGGUUGAGAACAGUUCCGGUUUGGGUUAAGGCAAAGAGGAGUUUGCAAGAGAAGGAGGUGAUUACUGCUGCAUCUUACCUCGAGGGUAAGGCAGCCAAAUGGCUGGAUGGUGUAGUGACAAAGGCUGGGUAUGGACGACGCAUGGCACACUGUGCUAGGACAAUUACGUUAGACCUGUUCAUGAAAAUGGUAGAAGCUCGUUGGCACAAUCCUCAGCAGGCACAAAUGGCCACUGAUGCGAUAAACAGACUUGACCAACGAACGUUCAAGUCGGUCAGGGAGCUUACGACUACCAUAAAGAGCCUCAUCGUCGUUCCCGAUAUAAACUACAACAACCAGUUCCUAUUAACCACGUUUGUGAGAUGUCUACCAGAGAAUCUCAGAAACUUGUUGGCCAGCGAGGCUCGCCUCGAGUAUCACUCCUUUGCGACGUUGUCUAGGAAAGCCUUAGAUUUGGAGGCCACUCUAGGAAACGCUCAACCUUCUCAGAAUGACACGAGGAAGAAGAAGAGUCCGCAGGAAUGGAAGAAGAAGGGGGCUAAACUGUUGAUGGUUGAGUCCGAUGGGACCCAAACCGAGAUCGACGAGCUCACAGACCUGGUGGACAUUUCAGAGUACGACCGCGAGGAGACCGCUGAGGGUAGUACCCUUGCCGCAAUAGUUAAGACUAAGGCUGGUGGCCGAGUGAAGGGCCAACCAAAGAGUCAAGGGAAGGCCGCCUCCAAUCAGACCAAAGUGGCUGAUUGGGUUAAGGCAGGUCUUGAUCAAGACGUGUGGCGGGACCGCCGAGUGCAUGUCGCUUGUAUAAACUGUGGUGAAUACGGACACACCCAGUACAAGUGUCAGAACGCAAAGGUCACGCAGAAGAUACCUCCUAAGAUGGGGGCAUCUUCUUCUCAGGCUUCUAGCUCGGGAAAGAUGUGAGGCCGGUGGAAGUUUUAGCUGCUUCUACUCAUGGUGAAGUGGGCCCGAUACCCUCCCCACUUC